UCCUCCCUCUUUCUUAAAAGGGUUUCUAUCAUCUCUCUCUCCUUUCUUCUCUCUCUUCCUUUCUCUCUCUUCUCCUCUGUCUCUCUCUCUCCUCAAGGGGGAAAAAAAAAACCCUAAGAAGCUGUUUACCAACAAUUUAUUGAUGGAUGACGACGGUUUGAACAUGAGGAACUGGGGUUAUUAUGAACCUUCCGUUAAAGGGCAUCUAGGUCUUCAGCUGAUGUCAUCGGUUGUUGAUCGAGAUACAAAACCUUUCCUUACUAGGCGUGAGAAUCCAAUUAUGCUUGGUGCUAAUGGGGUGUACCAUUCUCGGGAUUCUAUCAUUCCGGAAGCACCUUUAUCUCACAUUGAUUAUGUAAGGGACAGUUGGAUAAAUCACAGAGACAAAUUUCUUCAUAUGUUUCCGGGGAAUCCUUACACUACAGUUCUCCCUGAAACUUCUUCUGCAAGUCAUUCCAUGCAAAUGGUACAACAACAACCCGAUCCUGCUGUGGAGGAACCACCACCGAGUGUUAAGAAAGAAAGUACCGGUCCUUCGAAGAGAAAGACAGGUGGUACGACUCCCAAAGCUCCUAAAGCGAAGAAGUCGAAGAAAGCCUCAUCUGCUGUACCUAAGGAAAAUGGGAACCCCCAAAGAGCAAAACCAGCAAAGAAGAGCAUGGACAUUGUAAUAAAUGGAAUUGACAUGGAUAUUUCUGGUAUUCCUAUACCGGUUUGUUCCUGUACUGGUGCUCCUCAGCAAUGCUAUCGAUGGGGAUGUGGUGGCUGGCAGUCGGCUUGUUGCACUACUAGUAUAUCAAUGUAUCCACUUCCAAUGAGUACUAAAAGACGUGGAGCAAGAAUUGCUGGAAGAAAGAUGAGCCAAGGUGCAUUCAAGAAGGUUUUGGAGAAACUUGCUUCGGAAGGAUACAAUUUUGCUAAUCCAAUUGAUCUGAGGACUCACUGGGCUAAACAUGGUACCAACAAGUUUGUGACAAUCAGGUAGACUUACAUAGAGGGUACCAAUGCGCCUUGUUUGUUUACUUGUAUAUCCUUGGGGCCUUUGCAGAGGUUUUACUUGGUACCUUUUUGUUUAGUCCGUGACAAUACAUGUUUAGACUUUUGAUAUUUUUAAUUCCCAGUAAAACAGUUGUUUAAUCUUUCAUUUCGUUAUUUUGGUGGAUUGCGGAACACUGUUCUGGCCACCAAAAGUAGGAUGUUGAAAAUUCCUUUUCUUGAUCGGAUGGUUUUUUAAGAUGAGCAUGUUCAUCCAUUUAUUUUUACUCCUGUCAGUUAAUCUCUUUCCAA